CAGCCGCCAUCUUACCGGAGCGGAAGAAGGAAGAGCGGCGUGAAAACAUCACCGCGGUGGAAAAGAACAAAACCUCCUCAACGACCGACACGGCGCGAUGGAAGUCACGGGCCCGGACAGCGACUGGAGGAGCCCGCAGUUCCGACAGAAGGUCGUCGCUCAGAUAGAGGAGGCCAUGAGAAAGGCGGGAACUGCACACACCAAGUCCAGCAACGACAUGGAGAACCACGUGUACGUCAAGGCCAAGUCCAGAGAGGAGUAUCUGUCUCUGGUGGCGCGACUGAUCAUCCACUUCAGAGACAUUCAUAAGAAGACCCUGGGAGGUCCAGAUCCCAUGAAUACCCUGACUAACCUGACAGGGGUUGGAGGGGGCCCGGGCGCCAUUGGCAUGGGGCCCCGCCCCACCGGUGCUCCAGUGGGUGGCAUGGGGUCCAUGGGGCCGAUGCAGUUAGGCCAGCAUGCCAUGGCAGGGGUGGCUGGAAACCCACAAGCCAUAGGGGGUCCGGGCCAGAUGCCGAUGCAGCAGAUGGUGCAGGCGCAGCAGCAGCAGCAGCAACAGUCCAUCCAUUUCCAACAGUUCCAGCAGCAGCAGCAGAACGUCAUGCAGCAGCAGCAGAACGCCGCCAUCCAGCAACAGUUUCAGGUGCAGCAGCAGCAGCUGAGGGUGCAGCAGCUUCAGCAGCAGCAUCACCAGAACCAGCAGCUCCAGCAGCAGCACCAGAACCAGCAGCAGCAGCAGCAGGCCCAGAACCAGCAGCAGCAGAACCAGAUGCACCAGACGAGGAUCCAGCAGCAGCAGCUGGUGCAGCUCCAGAUCCAGCAGCAGCAGCAGCAGCAGCAGCAGCAGCAGCAGCAACAACAACAACAACAACAACAGCAACAGCAGCAGCAGCAGCAGCAGCAGCAUGCCCAGGCUCAGGCCCAGGCCCAGGCUCAGGCUCAGGCUCAGGCCCAAGCCCAAGCCCAAGCCCAAGCCCAGGCCCAGGCCCAAGCCCAGGCCCAGGCCCAGGCCCAGGCCCAAGCCCAGGCCCAGGCUCAGGCACAAGCUCAAGCUCAAGCUCAGGCUCAGGCUCAGGCUCAGUCCAUUCAGCAGAUGGUUCACCAACAGCAGCAGCAGCAACAGCAGGUCCAGGCCCAGGGGCAGGGGCAGCCUCAGCAGGGUCAGAUGCCUCCACACUCUCAGCAGCAGCCUGGCAUGGUGCCUCAGUCUCUGUCCGGACAGAUGACGUCCGGGCAGCAUGUUCCCCUCAGCUCGCUGAGUCAGCAGCAGCAGCAGCAGCACCAGCUCAAGAUCCAGGCCUUCCAGCAGGCCCGUGCAGCCUUGCAGCAGCAGCAGGCGGCCCAACAGGCCGCCGCACAGGCACAGCUCAACGCAGCUGCUGGUGGACCUGGACAGCUGGUUCGUCCUGGGAUGCCCAUUCCUAACCGGUUGCCUCGCGCCACCCUCAGCUCCUCCAUCCCUCCUCCAAAUGCAGUCGCAGCUGCUGCAGCAGCCGCAGGAGGUCAGCAGCAGAUUACACAGCAGGUACAGCAGCAUUCGAUGAUGUCAUCGCCGUCACCUGUGCAGGUGCAGACGCCGCAGUCGAUGCCUCCCCCUCCCCAGCCAUCACCGCAGCCCCCCACCUCGCAGCCCAACUCGGCCAGCUCCGGCCCCACGCCGUCACCGGGCGGAUUCCAGCCCAGCCCCUCUCCUCAGCCUUCACAGAGCCCCGCCACUGCCCGCACCCCCCAGAACUAUGGAGUCCCCUCCCCCGGACCGCUCAACACUCCAGGGAACCCCGGCUCUGUGAUGUCCCCGGCGGGAGCCUCGUCUCUCGAGGACCAGCAGUACAUGGAGAAACUCAAGCAGCUUUCAAAAUACAUCGAGCCUCUUCGCAGGAUGAUCAACAAGAUCGACAAGAACGAAGACAGAAAGAAAGAUUUGAGUAAGAUGAAGAGUUUGCUGAACAUCCUGACGGAUCCAAACACCAGGUGUCCUCUGAGGACGCUGCAGAAGUGUGAAAUCGCUUUGGAGAAGCUGAAGAACGACAUGGCCGUGCCGACGCCUCCUCCGCCGCCUGUCGCCACCAAGCAGCAGUAUCUGUGUCAGCCGCUGCUCGACGCCGUCAUGGCCAACAUCCGCUCCCCGGUCUUCAACCACUCCCUGUACCGAACCUUCGCCCCCGCCAUGACCGCCAUCCACGGACCGCCUAUCACGGGCCCCAACGUCUCCGGGCGCAAGAGGAAGCACGAGGAGGACGAGCGACAGACCAUCCCCAACAUUCUGCAGGGGGAGGUGGCUCGACUCGACGUCAAGUUCCUGGUCAAUCUGGAUCCUUCGUUCUGCAGCAACAACGGCACAGUGCAUCUCGUCUGCAAACUGGAUGAUAAAAACCUCCCGAGCGUUCCGCCACUGCAGCUCAGCGUUCCCGCGGAUUAUCCCGAGCAGAGUCCUCACUGGGCCGACGACAGCGAGCUGUGCCAACAGCUUCCUGCAGACGGUCCACAGGAACAUGACGUCCAAACUGCUGCAGCUGCCGGACAAACACUCGCUGACGGAGCUGCUCAACACUUGGGCCCAGAGCGUCCGCCAGGCCUGUCUGUCAGCGGCCUGAGGCCUCGCCCCCUGCUCUCGCGCGCACACACACACACACACGCACACGCACACACGCAAACACACACACCAACACACACACACUUUACAUGGACACUACAGUCUGAUCUCAGAUCAGCCUCCAUCAAUCACACGAUAACAUACAGAGCCCAGUCGUGGGGCGUUCAGGAACUAAUGAGCGUGGGGAAAAAUAUAGUCACAAGUAAUGGUUUAAUUUCCCGAGUCGACGACCUCCCUUAUCAUGACCCUGCGUCUCGCCCUUGCACCAUUGGUCAGAGAGCAGCUUUAAGGCGGAGCCACUUGCUUGUCUUCAAUAUUUACACUCGUCUCUGCAUCAAACCGCUCAACUGUCUUUUGUCCGAGCUUCUGCUCCGCUCCCUGAAUGCAUCACCAGCUGGUUCCUGUUCGUCGUGUCGUGACUUCCUGUCGGAGUCAUUUCAGUUUUGUACCAAAAGAGAAAAUAAAGUUUGUUUACUUAGGUUUUCAAAGUGAAAAUAUUAAUGUAAGUUUUUUUUCUUUUAUAAAUAAAAACGUUGGAGUUGUUUUUUAA